CAUUCUACACUGCUUACAGAACUUACUACUGGACUUAAUACUAUACAGUGUAGACGACUGCAUCAGUUGAUAUAUAUAUAUAUCUAUAUAGGUUCCCUGGAAAUCUGUGUUUUUUCGAAAGGUGUAAUGCGAGCUGAAGUGGGACAGCACAGGAUUUAGAAAGAGGGAUUUGAUCCAGCUGCUACUCUUGCACAGUAUUCUGAAGCAUGAACGCGCUGCAGAAGAAUUUGGGUCGAACGGAUCAGAUGCUGGGUGCGAUGGCAGACAUGCUGAGCUCACUGGCACUCCCCAGUCAACAGUGGCUUGCGGAACACGGUGAACAGGAGACAGGAGAGCCGCGGAACCCGGUUUCAAGCAGUGAAGACAGGGUUCAGAGGUCAAAGCAGCUGAGUGCCCCUGCCGUGGACUGGAGUCUGCCACAGGGGGCAACAGAGAGCUACACCGUUGCAGAGGAAGAGUCCUACUCGGUGGCCGGCAGUGAUGGCAGUAUCUCCACCUCGGUCGCCUCCAUCCAGCCGCAGCCCUCCAGCAGCUCGGCCCCCAGCUCCCCCAGCUCGCGCCACUCCGUCAGCACGCUCAAGAAGUGGCUCACCAACCCGGUGCGCAAGCUGAGCACCGGAGGGGCAGCCAAGGUGGAGCGGCAGGUGCACAGGCUGGAGAGCAAGCCCAAGAGGAAGAGCCUGGAGGAGGAGAGGAAGAGCACAGACCUGGGGGGGGCCGGGAGGCAGGAGGAGAACGCAGCCAUCCUGCCACACAGCAACAUGCAGCCGGAAUGGAGAGACGGCCCAGCAAGCUGUAGCAUUUCUGAAUCUGAGAACAUCCACCAGCAGUGUUAUCUGUCUGACCUGCUGCAGGGGGAGGGGACAGACUCCCAGAUCAUGGACACUCAGUUCUCCUGUCCCCAGGAAGAUCUGGAUGGCUCCACCUUAUUGGACGAUGUCUCCUGCCAAUCAUCAACCACGCUGGACAGUGAAGAGGAAAGGAGGAGUGCCUUAGAGAAGAGCAUGUACGUCCUCAAGGAGCUCAUAGAGACAGAGAAGAUGUAUGUUGGUGAUCUGGGCCUCAUCGUGGAGGGGUACAUAGCCACCAUGAAUAUGAAGGGAGUCCCAGAUGACAUGAAGGGAAAGGAUAAGAUUGUGUUUGGGAACAUACACCAGAUCUACGACUGGCACAAAGAUUACUUCUUGGGAGAGUUGGAGAAGUGUAUGGAGGAACCUGAGCGACUCGCAGAGCUCUUCAUAAAGCAUGAGCGUCGGCUGCACAUGUAUGUGAUUUACUGUCAGAACAAACCCAAAUCUGAGCACAUUGUCUCCGAGUACAUCGAGACCUACUUUGAAGAGCUGAGGCAGCAGCUGGGACACAGGCUGCAGCUGAAUGAUCUUCUAAUCAAACCGGUUCAGAGAAUCAUGAAAUACCAGCUGCUGCUCAAAGACUUUCUAAAGUAUUAUACCAAAGCAGAGAGGGACACCACACCAUUAGAGAAAGCGGUGCAGGUCAUGUGUUUCGUACCAAAGCGAUGCAAUGACAUGAUGAACGUGGGGCGCUUACAGGGAUUCGAGGGAAAGAUCACGGCUCAGGGAAAGCUGCUGCAGCAGGACACCUUCACCGUGACGGAGCAGGACUGCUCCUUCCUGUCACGUGCCAAAGAGAGGCGGGUCUUCCUCUUUGAGCAGCUUGUCAUCUUCAGCGAGCCAAUCGACAAGAAGAAGGGCUUCUCGCUGCCCGGGUUAAUCUUCAAGAGUUGCAUCAAGGUGAGCUGUCUGGGUUUUGAGGACUGCGUGGACAGCGACCCAUGCAAGUUUGCACUGACGUCCCGGGGCGCCGACGGGAACACGGUGCGGUACGUCCUCCAGGGGGCAAGUCCCGAAAUCAGGCAGGCCUGGGUGUGCGACGUGGGACAGAUACUGGAGACACAGCGCAACUUUCUCAACGCAUUGCAGUCCCCGAUUGAGUACCAGCGCCGGGAGAGCAAAUCCAACAGCCUGGGCAGAGCGAUGAGGGCUCCCCUAGCAGCUUCUUCCACCCUCAGACCCCAUUCCUCAGCCUCCAUCGACCGCAACAAGCUGCCCAACCUGAGCUCCUACAACGCCUCCCUGCCCUCCCUCUACAUGCCCUGCCACAGCAGCCAGGACCGCAGGAUAUCACACGAGUCUCCACAAGUGAGACACAUAGCCAUAGACUCGAACCCAAGUCUCUGCAUGCUGUCUCCUGCACACAUCCGUCUGGAGUUCUCUGAAGCGCCUGGGAACCCCUGCAGUGCGCAGAGCGAAUCUGUUUCCAACGGGCUGUCACAGUCACCCCCGGACAGCACGCAGAAACCAAGUGAAGGCAACCGCAGAAGUUCAACUUCAUCAACCAGGGACCAAAACCACAACAGUUCAGACUCCCCUCUGCACCAUCGUACUGCCAGCCUGGCUAAAUUGGAUGAGGAUGAGCUAUAAACUUUACAAAACUCUGCUUCCUCCCCUCCUGAUCACUGUGACAAGGGAGAGGAACCCCUAAAGAAUAAGCAGCUUCAAAUAUCAUUUUAAUGGGUUUGUCUUUUUAAUUUAUCUUUACCAUUGUACUGCGUUUGUAAUCAUUCGGGGAGGCUCUGUGUGCGGCUGGCCAAGCUGAAAGAUCACAUCCUGUUACGUCUGGUAGAUUCAGAGAGAGCUCAAUGACUGUUGACACUAUAGAAAAGUAAAAAUAACAUUUGAAGCUUCUUAAGCAUUAACAGUUCUGGAACUGUUUGAAAACUUUUUAAAAACUUUCAGUGUCUUAUCUGUGAUCCAUUUGACGAAGCGGAAGUAGCAUCUGUCUGUCUGGCAAUCAGAAGCUCACAUAGAAGGAACUGUCAACGCUCACAUCACCAUCUGCAGAAAUGUUACAGAUUUUUCAAGAUCAAGGACAGCGCUUUCAACUGCAUGCUGUGGUGGGUCUACAUUUUGGGGGAAAAAAAUCUAUUUUGUACCAUUUUUCUCAUCAGUUUGGGUGGGGGUUGUAUUAUAUCUUUCAGAAUAUAUAUAAUGAACACAAAGAUGCUUUAAGGAAUACCUUUUUGGGGUCUUUGGGGGCUAUACAUAAGUGUUGGUCUUUAAGACUCAUUCUAUUUGAAUUCCAAAAAACAAUAUAUAUAUCCUCAAAGUUUUAGAUGUAUUUUGUAUUUAAUUUUUUUACUGUCCUCUAACAAUGUUUUGAUGUUUGCAAUCAUCCUGAGUAAUUCUAGUUCUCUACUAUAGACAUGUAACACAGGGCAGAUCAGUCUGUAUAUUAUAAGCACCAGAAUUAUUUAGUUAGGAAAUUGGCAGAUCAAUACCACUGCUUGAAAUGGCCCGGCACAGCUAUGGCCAAAAGUUUAGCAUUAUCUAGAAUUUUAGGGUUGAGACAUAAUAAUAAAAAAAAAAUUAAAAACUUUAUGAACAUAAUUUCAAAAUUUUAUUUAACAUCAUGUUAAUCAAAGAAACUUCAAAAUGACAUCGCAAAAGUCUACCGGAAGCCAUAAUUGUAGAACAGUAUUUCAGUUAGAUUUCUAAAUGUCAUUUUUCAAUUUGUUUUUCGUUAAGUAUAUAUGGAAAGCGGUAUGUAAUUCAAUAUGUUAACGUAACAUCAUUCAGCAGGUUUCAAUCGACUUUAUGAAGCAACUUUUGCCCAUAGCUGUACAUUACUUCUCUCUUUGUCUAUAGUAGACAAAUUGAACUGAAGAGCAGCUGUCUUAAAAUACAGAUUUCUAUUAAACAUGUCAUAAGAAGAUAAAGGAGACAGAAAAACAUCAUAAAAAGGUAAGGGGACAUAAAGUAUGAAAAUUAAUUCUGAAGCUUAUUAUUAAAUAUUAAGACGGUUUAAACCAAUUGGAUCUUAAUUUUAAAAAAAAGAUCAUCUUAAAUACACCUUGAUGGGCUUUAGAAAGGACAGGUGGUGUGCUUAAAGCUGACAGUUAGCAACCCGUGCUGUGUAUUGCAAAGACAGUACAGUAGCUAUCCUUAGCCCAAUGAACCAUGCAAUCUCAUUGGCAAUCUUUUGUAGAAAAAUGUCCGUUUUCAGCCUUGCAAAUCUGUUCUUGCAUGGAUUUCUCUCAUAAACCGUACUAUAGUAAAUGAAUGCAUUUCAAAGUGAAGAACUGCCGACAAUAAGGGUUCAGCUCCUAUCUCCUACAUAUUGUUUAACCCUGAAUUAAACUGUUUUUUUUUACUGCUUAGCGACUGCCAAAAUUGAAAGAGAUGUGUAAAGAAAUGCCAGCCUAGUCACAAAAAAGACAUAUGUUUACAUGGUAAUGUUUACAGAUGAUAAAGCAUGGCACAUACUAUGAAAGCAUUAUAGAAUAUAUACCGAUUCCUGCAUGCAGUUGAGGAUAUGUAGGUGGUUUUAAUGGGAGUUUCAUGUGCUUCCUUGGAGACUGCCCAGCCCAAGUCCCAAGCAGUCAACACAUUAAAGAUGAAUUUCUGUUUACUAUCGUGUAUGUUCUGUAUGAUUCUGUAACGUUUAUGCUUCAUUUGUCCCUGUUUCCCUAACUGUUCUAGCAAAACUGCUUCACCUAAGGGCUUCAGUGCACAGCGCAACGCUGAUAUGCUUGCCCACUGACUUUCAAGGAGGUCUUUUUAGAAGCAAUUUUGGCCAAAGCAGAAACAGCAGAAAAUGAAACUGCAUACUAACAUAAGAAACAGCAAAUUAAAUAUUAGAAACGUGCCGUGUUGUUCCUGGCUGUUUCCUUCCAGCUUGAAGAAGUCCCUGGUGGAACUAUCAGCUGGGACACCUUUUACUGCGUUCUCACAGGAAGUCAUGCUGGGUUAGGUUCAAAAUCACCUCUGUUGUAACUGCCUUGCAUUUAAAACAAUAUCUCUCAAACCAUCACCAAUCAUAAUCAAAGUGUUCAGCUAUUCCGACAGCCAGAGCAAGCACUUUAUUUAAUCCAACUACAGGCUGAAAUGUGUUACCGUUUGUCUUUAAAAAGUCCACAGGAAACCAGUUAAGGCAAACGUUAUUACAGAUUCUGGUAGAAUUUGACAUAAAAGUGCACCACUGCUCUAUAGAUGCAUGGUGCCGAAUCAUUUCCUGCGCUGUAGGUCACAUGGUCCACAGCAUAUUUUAAAUAUAUAUAUAUAUAUAUACUGUAUAUAUAUAUAUAUAUAUAUAUAUAUAUAUAUAUAUAUAUAUAAUUUCAAAAUAUUACAAAUGGCAAACCUGCGAUUUUCCUUGUCAUGUUUUUUUUUUUAACAUUCGGGACAACUCCAAAGAGCACCUGAUUUGUCCCGAGACAGGUAUACAAACCGGAAUAAGUUUACAUGAUAUCACCCCUGAUUUUGCUCUUCAACGCUGAGUAGAUUUCCUAUGUAUCAUACCGUUGUAUAUGCAUGUUUUAUUAAAACAAACAAAAACGAGAAAAAAAAGACUUGAUCAAAUGUUUGACCUUAAGCACUCUGCUGUUGUAUCAUAUCAAUUAAAAGGUUAUCUUUUGAAA